GCAUGUUUGUUCCCGUGUUCCCUGAGGCUGUGUCCCGCCGCCCGUCUGCUCCCCGGGACGGGGCUCGGCGCUUCCUCCGACCAUGACCCAGUGGCUGUGAGCGGCCGGCGGGGACCUCGGUCCCGGGACCGUGACGGGGCCCUCUAGACCGGGUGCUUGGAGCCCAGCUAUGGAGGAGGACAAGCCACCAGUGCUGUCGAAGCAGAGGUGCGAGGUGGUGUGCGGGGUCCCCACGCAGGUGGUCUGCACUGCCUUCAGCAGCCACAUCCUGGUGGUGGUGACCCAGUUUGGGAAGAUGGGGACCUUGGUGGCCCUGGAGCCCAGCCGUGUGGCUGCCGACAUCAACAGGCCCCUGAUCACCACCAAGGUGCUGCUGGGGCCGGAUGAGCCUCUCAUCCACGUCUUUGCCAAGAACCUGGUGUCCUUCGUGUCUCAGGAAGCCGGGAACAGAGCGGUGCUGCUGGCCAUGGCCGUGAAGGACAAGAGCAUGGAGGGCAUGAAGGCCCUGCGGGGUGUGAUCCAGACCUGCCAGGUGUGGUGAUCAGGAGGGUCACCCCCAAGCUCUGCUCCUACAUCAAGAACGGUGCUGACACCUGGCUGCCCCAUGGGGCUGCUCUCCUCCCUGGAGGGAGGUGGCCAUGGACUUGCGGGGUGGAAAUGGGCCUCUGGGGUGCAGUGGCUGCGGGAGGUGGGUCAUGGGACUGAGGCAGUGCCUGCUGUCGGGGUUUUUACUUUUGUUAGAAAUAAACAUGUACAGAGACCCCAGUGUCUCUCCCAUG